AUGGACGGCGCACCUCCGCCCGACGUCGAUCCGUCGUUUGACCGCUUCGCCGGCAACGUCACCUUCUUCCUCGCCGACCACGUCACGACGGCGUCGGUGCCCAUACCCGUCCUCAACGCCUACUACGACGAGUCCCUGUGCGUGACGCUCAACUACGGCGCCCAGCUCGGCGCCUGCCUCGUCAUGCUGCUCGUCGUGCUCGCCCUCACACCCGUCGCCAAGCUCGGCCGCCUGUCGGCCGUGCUGCACGUCGUCGGCCUCGCGCUCUGCGUCGUCCGCUCCGGCCUGCUCUUUGCCUACUUCGUCUCCCCGUUUAGCCACUUUUACCAGGUCUGGGCCAACGACUUUUCGCAGAUCCCCGCGCGCUACUGGGACGCGAGCCUGGCCGCCAACACGCUCUCGCUGCCGCUCGUCGUCAUCAUGCAGGCCGCCCUCAUGAACCAGGCCUGGACCAUGGUGGCCUUUUGGCCGCGCGUCGCGCGCUACGUCGCCUGCGCGCUGUCGGCCGUCAUCGUCCUCCUGACGGUCGGCACCAGGCUCGCGUUCACCAUUGUCCAGAACCACGCCAUCGUGACGGCCAUCCCGCCAGAGUACUUCUUCUGGGGCAUCCACUGGACGGUCAUCAUGGGCGCCAUUUCCAUCUUUUGGUUCUGCGCCGUCUUCAACGUCAAGCUCGUCAGCCACCUCAUCCAGAACCGCGGCAUCCUGCCGUCCACAUCGCUCAUCAACCCCAUGGAAGUGCUCAUCAUGACCAACGGCACCCUCAUGGUCAUACCCUCCAUCUUUGCUGGGCUCGAGUGGGCCAAGUUUACCAAUUUCGAAUCCGGGUCCCUCACACUCACCUCGGUCAUCAUCAUCCUGCCCCUCGGCACCCUCGCCGCCCAGCGCAUCUCCAGUCAAGGGUCCCAGAGCUACCAGGCCGGCAGCGAUUUCCGCCGACAACAGCAGCAGCAGCAGCAGCUGACCCAGCAGACCCAGACACGUGGCGUCGGUCACCGUAGCCUGACCAAGCCCUCCUCCAGCGUCACUUUUUCCUGCGGCAGCCCCGUCACGCCGCAAAUCUCGGCCGGCUCCAAGGCCGACGUGUCGCUCAUGGACAGAUCUGAGCGCAUGGACCCGAUUGACCUCGAGCUUAGCAGAAUCGACGCCUGUCGCGAGUCCUCCGAGUGCUCCCAGUCGACAGAUCAGCGCAGGCGCAUGCAAAGCCAUGAUUUGGUUUAA